AUGCCCCGGAAGGCGGGGAACGCGGAAGAGGCCGAGGCCGGCGCGGAGGAGGCGGACGCGGAGGCGUCCGGCCCGGAAGAGUCCCACCCGGAGGAGCUCGGCUCCCAGCAGGAGAUGGAGGCAGGGCGGCCGCGGCGGAUGCUGGGCUCAGUGAACACGCGCGAGCCGUCCCAGGUCAUCUUCUGCAACCGCAGCCCGCGGGUGCUGCCCGUGUGGCUCAACUUCGACGGCGAGCUGCAGCCCUACCCGAGGCUGCCCGCCGGCACGGGCCGCCGCAUCCAUAGCUGCCGGGGUCAUCUUUGGCUCUUCCGAGAUGCUGGGACAUCUGCUGGGCUUCUAGUUAACCAAACCGAGCUGUUUGUGCCGUCUCUCAAUGUUGAUGGACAGCCUAUUUUUGCAAACGUCACACUGCCAGUGCACACCCUGAAAGAGCAGUGCCUCCAGGUUGUGCGAAGCCUAGUCAAGCCUGAGGAUUACAGGAGACUGGACAUCGUGAGAUCCCUCUACGAAGAUUUGGAAGACCACCCAAAUGUGUGGAAGGACCUGGAGCAGUUGCCCCAGGAGCAUAUUGAAAAUCAGUGGAUGGCAGAGGAGACUGAAGAUUUUAAUUGAAAUGUACACUCCUGGGUCUCGGCUUUUGACAGUCCUGACAAGUCUCGAUCUAGAUCUAGGGCUGGUCACUUUUUCUCGGCUUCAAAGUGUCUCAUUCUUUGAGUAAAAAUGCUCCAUUGCUUAAAAGAAAGUUAACUGACCUCACUACUGGGCACUGUGAUGUUUAAGGGCAAAUAUCACAAAAUGUAAUUUAAUGCCUGUCCCUUCUAGAAGUAUUUAUCAAGGGAAAGGAGUUGCAUUUUUGUCUCCUAGUGAGUCAGGAAAGUUUCUGUGUAAGGACUUUUGUGUAAGUAAUUCAGUGAGAAUUGUAGCUUAUUCUUGAGUUGUAGGAAAGCAGUGGCGUCUGCUUUUCAUUCCUGUAUCAUGGUGAUGUGCCCGUGUCCCGCUCUGAGAGACCAAGGUGUCCUUGGGGCAGGGGAAUAGCCGUCGGCUCUUUGAGACUCCAGUGCCUUGCACGUAAUGAGCCUUACCUCAGUGUUUGUUGAAUGAACAAACCAGUGGCUACUUUGGUAGAAAGUGUUAGAGGUUUUCACCCUUUUUUUUGAGAGCGGGUGGUAGUGGGGACCUUAAAGUAUAUACAGUAAACGAAUGUUUUCAAGGGCAUCAAUGUUAUAGAAAGCAGUUUUUAUAAUUUGCUAAAUCGUGGCUUUUCUCUGUCCGCUGUUGUCGCAGGGCUGUUUUAUUUCUGUUUCUAAGCCAGGAUUAGCUUUCUACAGUUCUUAUUGAUGAUAGCUUUUUUGAAACUUGCUAUCUGCACAGAAGAUAGGAGAAAAUAGCUGUCCCCUUGUCAUAUUAUUAAAGAGCUACUCCUGUACUAUAAAUAGGUUUUUGCCAAAUGUGGGUACUUCUGUUCCUUUUUGUAAAUCCAUGACAUUUUCGUUCGAUUCAGCAGUUUUUCAUCAGGCAGGAUCUGGUGACACUUUGCACCUGGCUGGAGGAGAGGACAAAGCCCUCCAGCCUCUUGGAAGUUACUGCUAACACACCUUGGAUUCAGAGGGUAGCCUGGAAUGUUUUCUAAUUUUAUACAUGUACAGAUCCUUUCCUAUAGGCUGGACUUAAAUUCAUUAACUCAAAUUCAAUACUUCUAUCAGGCAUCCUUUUUUGGUAGCUAAUCGUUAAAAAAAACAAAAA